AUGGACAAAGAUGGAGAGGUCCAGAGUGAAGAUGAUGUGAAUGCAUCUGCAGCCUGUAGCACUACAUUGCUCGCUGAAGGUAGUGGCAAUGGUAAGGAAGACGCUGCGGAUAAAAGUGACGAUAACAACAAUGAUGGCAGCGAUGUCGACAGCAGUAAACAAGUGAAGGGACAGGACAUAUGUGGCAGUGUCAGAUCACACAGCAAAGUCUGGAGUAGUCAGCAGGAACAACCUCAGGUAGUGAAACGACGCCAUGUUCAGUCACGACGGAUGCAGGAAUAUCAACAGCAGUUAACUAAGCAGCCAUUUCGGAAUGCCAGAAUAUGUGCGGUAUGUGGCCACACUCUCUACUCAGGGCCUGGCUACAGAUAUCAUCUGCAGCGACACCGACGUGACAAUGAAAGUUUCCCAUGUGAUAAAUGCCGAAAAGUGUUUAAAAG